UUGCCCUUAGAUAUAAUGGGCCUGACCGCCGCGCGAGAUGUUCGCGAUGCUCCUGCAUCCAACUACACCUUUGGCAACAGUUUACCACCAUGAGCGAAAAGGGUGUCUAUUCUAGCGGCAAGUCUGCUCAGGGCAAUGUCACCACUUCUUCCAUCGACCACCACAACGCGGCAUCGGAAGAGCGAGGGAAUGAGGAUGCUGCGUCCGUACAUUCGAGCCAACAUAGCAUACAGACGGGGGUACAGAAGGCGAUGAUCUUGAGGAAGGCGUGGUCGAGGACGACGCUGGCGAUUGCGUUUACUUCUUUGAUCAUAACGAGCCUGUGUAUUGUUUUCUCCGACUACUCUGGCACUGUACUUGAGCCGUAUGUUACCAGCGCUUUCAAGCAGCAUUCUGCCAUGUCGGCGGCGAGAGUCGUCAUGAAUAUCACACGCAUUGUCGCGUAUCCAGUCAUUGCGAAAUUGAGUGACGUCUUUGGUCGCGCUGAGAUGUUUUCAAUGUCCAUUGCUUGCCAGGCCCUGUCUUUCAUAUUGUACGCCGCAAGUCAGAACAUUGAUCAGUACAUCGGAGCUGGUCUGUUUGACGCCAUCGGGGGCACUGGUUUCGGUUUGACGCAACAGGUCUUCAUCGCUGAUGCCACGAACCUGGUCAAUCGUGCAUUUUGGUCGACGCUCCCCGAGUCCAUCACUACAAUCCCGGCUUUGUACAUCGGUACCAUGAUCGGAGAAGGCAUCCUUCAUCAUUCUUCGUGGCGCUGGGGUUACGGUAUGUGGGCUAUUAUUGUGCCUGUUGUUGCGAUUCCACUCGUUGGCACGAUGACGGUCCUGCAGCGACGUGCUGCAAAACAUGGCCUCAAAUCGACAAAGACCCUGUCCGCUAUUGCUGGAUGUGAAGCCAACGACCCUCUGACGAAGAAGAUCUUCCACCUGCUCUGGGACGAGCUUGAUCUCCCCGGUAUGGCUCUUCUGAUCACCAGUCUCUCGCUCAUUCUUAUCCCCAUCUCCCUCACUGGCUCCUUCAAUUCCGGACGCUGGAAGGAGGGUUCAUUCAUUGCAAUGAUCGUUGUUGGUUUCGUACUGUUCGUCGCAUUCCUCGUCUGGGACAUGAAGUUUGCGCGUAAGCCGUAUAUUCCAACUAGAAUGGCGAACCGCACAGUCAUCUGCGCCUGCGCUAUCCAGCUCUUUGAUUUCAUGGAGUACUCUUCCUUCACGAUCUUCUUCCCAAGUUACCUACAGGUCGGAGGUGGAUUCUCUCCGGGCCACGCGACGAGAAUUGAUAACUCCCUCCGUGUCGCUUUCCAGAUCUCGGGUCUUCUCUUCGCCAUCGCAAUGAAGUACACAAACAACUCAAAGGCAUUCGUCCUCGCCGGCCCACCACUCGUGAUCCUCGGCCAGGGCCUCAUGAUAUACUUCGUCCGCAAGCCUGACGGCUCGCACGGCAGCGAAGCCAUGUUCAUCGUCUCAAAAGUCCUUAGUGGUAUUGGACGCGCUGCGUUCCAGACGGCUGGACAAGUCGCUGUGCAAGCGGCCGUUUCGAGACAGGAAGUCGCCGUCGCAACAGGUCUAUUCCAAGCAUCGAACAGCAUUGGCGGUGCUUUCGGCGUCAGUAUGUCCGGAGCAAUCUGGCGCAACACGCUCCCCAACAAACUGAAAUCCUACCUCCCCGAAAAAGACAAGGCCUCCGCCCUUAAGAUCUUCCAGUCCAUCGUCGUCGCACAGAAAUACAAGCCCGGCACCCCGUCCAGGGACGCCAUCAACAGAAGCUACGGCGAGAGCCAGCGCUUAUUGGCCAUCGUGGCUACGUGUCUCUGCGUGCCGAAUCUCAUUCUCAUGUUUUUCAUCAAGAAUGCGGAUCUCAAGGCGUUGGAUGAGAAGGAGAAGGAGAGGUUGGAGAGGGAGAAGAUGGAGGUGGAGGAUGGUGCGGAUGGAGGUGUUAGGACUGCGGGGAAUUGAGAGAAUACAUGAUUUUUAUCGAUUUUGGAAAUUGGGAUAAC